AUGUCACGAAUAGAAAAUUUACAAUUGAGUGAGAUUUGUGAAUCUUUGCAAUCAGAUGAUAAAAAAAGACGAUUUCUUGUUUUAAAAAAACUCCAUGAUAUUUUAAUUGAUGAAGAUAACCAAUGGAGUAAGAGGGAAGUUUUAGAAAUAUGGCAAAUAAUGAACAAACAUAUAGUUAAAGUUUUGACAGAUCCCACUGAAUCUUGUCGAGAAUCAGCUGUUGAAAUAAUAAAAAUAUUUAUUACUUCACUACCCAUUAUUGAAAAAAAUAUUAUGUAUAUUAUACCAAUUUUUGUUCGUCGAUUGGGGUCUCAAGAACUUCUUGAACCUUCUGAAGAGGUUCGUCUUAAUUGUAUUAGUCUUCUUCGUUUGAUAAUUUGUUUUUAUAAAGAUCAUUUGUCCGUUUAUAUUGAUGAUUUUGUUCAAAUUUUAUCAAAAACUGUUACGGAUAAUUAUCCUAAAGUAAAAAGAGAAACUUGUGAGGCUAUCUCAGAACUUGCUAAGACUAUUCCCGUUCAAUUUUAUUCCAAGAGUGAACUUCUGGUAAAACCAAUACUGAGUAAUUUUACUCAUCAGCAUUAUCGAGUAAGAGUAAGUAGUGUUAAGGCUAUUGGUGAUGUUAUCCAGCACGGCAAUAGUAAAUCUAUGGAAAAAGUCUCAACGCCAUUAGCUGAACGGCUGUUUGAUCAAAGUGGAGCUGUCAGAAUUGCUGUGAUUGAAGUUGCCGGUUAUUGGUUUUCAAAUUUACGAGAUAGAUAUAGUUGGUGGUAUAAAUUAAUUCCACUCCUCGUCACUGGACUUCAUGAUGAAAUAUUGGAAAUACGAUUGAAAGCUCAAAAUCUUUGGGAUGCAGCCGGUUCACUUUUUUUAAAGGAAAAUGAAUCUGAUGAAAAAAUAAAAAACAAAAUGGAUUUCUUAGCUGAAGAUCUUGACCACUAUCCACCUAACAUCAAAAGGCCAAAUUUGGGAUGCAGAUUAAUAGUUCAGCAAAAUAUUGGUAAACUUAUUGGUGGAAUCGUUAGAGAACUUGGAGACUGGAAGGCUGAUAUUCGUGUUAGAUCAGCUCAAUUGUUAGCAGUACUUACUUUAAAUGCUGAGCAAUAUAUCACUCAGCACAUUGAAAAAUUACUUCCAGCUAUGUACAUGGCCUGUAAUCAUCAAGAUAUCAGAGUGGUAGAUAAUAUAAUUUUAGCUGCAGAAUAUAUUGGGUAUUUUGUUCCACCUGAAACUUACUGUCAAUUAGUACUUCCAACAUUAGAAGAUGGGAAUAUUACGGCUGGCCAUUUGGCAGUUUUGGCUGCAAUUUUACGUGGUACCGAACGAAAAUCUCUUCUUGAUAAGCUCGAUGAUAUUGGAAAUUUUCUUGAGUUGUCACAUAUUUGUCGCAGCAAAAAGGCUAAUUAUCAACAACAAAUUUUACGGUGUUGUGAAGCUGUAAUUAAUGUUUCUAAAGAUGACUGUAUUAUUAUUGCGAAUAACUUGUUCACAACAAUUUUCACAGUUUGGUCAAUGUCUCAUCAAGAACAUCAACAAAUUUUCGCCAAACAACUAAUGGAGAAAUUAGUUGUUGUAACUAAGAGUGAAAGCUUACAAGAAUUGUUUUCAUUGAAUUUGCGAGAAAUUUUAUUAAAUAUCAAGGAUUCUUCAAAAAGUUGGACUGGUUACAGCCCAGACGUUUAUAUAUUUAGAUUAUGUUUGACUGAAGCUAAAUCAGCGAGCGCAGAAAAUAUGGAUAUUGUUUUAACAAUUUUAAAAGACACGAUGACUAAGGAUGCUGAUGCUGAAUUGCGUCUCAAAUUUUUUAUUUUACUCUCGGAUUUCUUUCAACACCGCAAUGAUACAUUGAAAUUAAUCAAAGAUCCAACGGAGUUCAUAACGGAUUUUUUCGACAAUAUUCUGAUGCCAGGAUUGAUUUGGUCGGCUGGUAAAGCUUCUGAAGCUGUAAGAACUGCAGCUGUUGGUUGUUUGUGUGCUCUAUUCGAUGAUUCCAUUUCUGAGGACGAAAACAAACCAAAAUUACGAUUUGAUGAUUUAGAAAACGGCUGCAUUGAACUUAUAGUUAAUGAUAAAAAUUUUAUACCAAUUUUUGAAAAAGUCUUACCCAUUUUAAUGUCUCUCAUUGAAGAUAAUGCAAAGAAAACAAGACUUUAUGCUCUACGAGCUUUGUAUUUGAUUAUAAAAAUAGGCUUAAAAAUAUCUUGUAUCACAGAUAAUGAUGUUAUUAAAAUUUAUCCAGCGCUUGUUAAAAGAUUAGAUGACGGUUGUGAUGAUAUAAGAUAUGGAGCAGUGGAAGCUCUUGUAUUUGUUUGGCGAGCUUUAUCCAAAAAUUAUGAUUUAGAUUUUGGAAAAAGUCACAUUGACUACUUAUAUACGACUACAAUUGUUCAUUUGGAUGAUCCAGAAGUUGAGUUUCAAAAUAUGAUGCUUGACGCAAUGAUGUCACUAGCGAAAAUUCAUCCAGAAUUAUUAGUAAAUAAAAUAAUAAAAUGUAAAAAUAAUUUUAAAAACCAAGCAGCUCUUGAUAAACUAUUACAACAUUGUCAUGAGUUAUUAAAAAAUAAUUAAGCUAAGUAUAUUAUCACUAAAUGUUUUUAAAUUGAGCGCGCUAUAUGUAACACAUAUUAUACCUCUAGACACUAUCGUAAAAUAUAAACUUUUUAUCCACGGUGAUUUAAUUAUUGAU